CACAUUCCAAAGGCAUGCAGCUUAGGCUGAGUGUGGGUGGUUGGUUUGUUUCUAAGUGACAACCCUGUGAUAGCCGGGCAACCUGUUCCGCCUCUCGCACAGUGCCAGAUGGGAUAGGCUCCAGUACCCCCACAACCCUAUUCUGGAAUAAGCUGUAAAGAAAAUGGAUGGAUGGCUGUUUGACUCGUUCUUACUCGUCUUUUUCGCCUAACAACGGGCUGCUGGUACGUUCACCCAGAAGUACAAUUAUGGCAGAUGUUGGCAAAACUGAGAAGGUUCCGUUGCACGCUCCAGGCCUAGAAGAACUGCGCAGUGUAUUACAAGCAGGACUGGAGGACAACUUUGCAGAAGUUCAAGUGAGUGUUGCGGAGUGCCCAGAUCUCACCAAAGAUCCAUUCCAGUUUCCUGUCAAAGGCUUGUGUGGAAAGCCUCGUAUCACUGAUGUUGGUGGUGUACCGUACCUGGUUCCCUUGGUUCAAAAACACAAGGAAUACAACAUGGACACUAUAUCAAAGGAACUGGAGUUGCCAGGAGCCUUCAUCCUCGGUGCAGCAGCUGCUCCCUCUAGGAUCAUUGGAAUGAACGCAGAGCUGAUGCCUCUGGUUCUCACUGAAGCGGAGGGAAGACCUGCAGUGAACAGCAGCUACUUCUCCUCCAUCAAUCCAGCUGAUGGCCAGUGUCUGCAAGAGAAAUACAGUGACAAAUUCUCCAACUGCAGCUUUGGACUGCUGGGCAAUCUGUAUGCUUGUGAAGGAAAGUCUGGAAAGGUCAUAGAGGUGCGGGCCAAGAAGAGAACAGGAAGCCACAGUCUUGUUACGUGUUUGAGGAAGACUCUCGAAAGCUGUUACCCCAAUAAAAGCCUGGCUCUGGGAGGCACCUUCGUUAUCCAGAAAGGGAAAGCUAAAAUCCACAUCAUGCCAAGAGAGUUCUCAGUCUGCCCCCUCAACACUAAUGAUGAGGUCAACAACUGGCUCAAGUACUUUGAGUUCAGCGCUCCACUCAUCUGCCAGUCAGUGCUUGUAUCCAGAGAUCCAGGUUUGGACCUGCGUGUGGAGCACACCCACUGCUUCAGCCACCAUGGAGAAGGUGGCCACUACUACAUAGACACCACACCUGACAGUGUGGAGUACUUGGGCUACUUCAUGCCUGCAGAGUUUGUUUACCGCAUCGACAGGCCCAAUGAGACUCACAGGGUUGGACGAGAUUGAAAAACUGAAGGAAUAAAUCAGUAAUGUUUGCUGCAGGGCAUCUCUUGAUAAGCUACAUGAAUCAUGCAGUAUGUGAUUUACAUUAAAUUCUGUGUAUAAUGCCCAACAAAAACUUCAAUUUUAGUAAAAAAUGAAAAAAAAAGAUGACUUAGUAUUAUUUCUGUAAAUCUUUGCUCUUAAGUCACAUUUCUUACAAUUCUUGUACAUUUCCUGUCAACAGUAUUACUCUAUUUCAUGUAAUAAAAGUGUUUUGGAUCAUCUAGUCUUUUUGUUCACCAAAUGCAACUGGCAAUAUGGGUUACCCUUAAAUAAACAAUAAAUGUGGAACCUUCAAAUA